GAUGUUCGGAAGGUGAUGCUUGCUCUCUGUUCACACGAAUAGAAAUCAGAGGUAACAAUGCGAACCCUGUUUAAGAUUUGGAAUGGAAAGCGAGAGAAAAGGAAAAUGGCUUUUGCAGAGUCAGUAGAGUCGUUGCUUGAAAUAGGGAGCAUAAAAUUUGGGAAGGUGUGCACAAUGAUCGUCUUGGAAGAAGAUGGCUCUGAAGUUGAUGAAGACGAGAUAUUGAUGGAGGUAUCAAAACAAAUUUUAUUGCUCUUAGCUGAGGGAGAGCGGUGGAACAAACCAGGUGCUGUCGUCACAAAUGUGGCAAGUAGCAAUAGGCAGUACUCUACCCAAUCAACUCAAUCAACCAAUGAAAACACAGUAUUGGCUCAGACAGGACCUGCACCGGUUGUUUUAGAAAGCACUAACCAAGGGAGUCAGGACAAAAGUAUGUCACUCUCAAGAACUGUGCAUAUGCAGAAUUCCAGUGUAAAUGUAAAUGUACCAAUCAGGACUGAGAGCCCAAAUCAUGUUGAUCGUAUAUCAUUUGGAGGCAGAAAUAUAUAUGUGAGUGGAGAAGUGAGCCCAAUUGUACCAACGACAACAGCAACGCCAACUUAUGUCUCUUCAGGAAUUGACAUGAUGAAUGGGCAUUUCUGUACUAGUGAAAAUGACAUGGGACUUGAGGGUGACUUAAGGAUGCUACCCGUUAUUUUAUACACAGAAGACAAUACAGAGUAUGAGAAAGGUCACAAAAGGCAAAGUGUGGUCCAAGUUCUAAAUUCUCUGUUCACCAAAAACCUAAGUCAGAAGAUCCGUCAUAUAAGAUGGGCCAACAAGAGAAGAACUCAACAGCUACUGGAUGAACCGCCUGAAAAAAGACCCAUGAAAGAGGAACUAUUGUCACCUACCAAUAGUGACUCGUAUGCUGUGGAGACCUUUAUGUCAGAGGAAGUGUAUGAGAAGAAUUUACAGAAUCUACAGAUGGAGUGGAUCAAGUCAUUGCCCGAUGAUAAAGUGAUAAAGAAUCUUCUCAGAGAAACUUUCCAGUAUCGUAAACGAUUGAUGUCAUGCGGUAUAUCUCUCAGUGAAAUCCCACAAAUACUGGAAGACAUUCCAUGCUUCAAGGAUGGCAAUUACGUUCUGUAUGAGUACUCUCUUAUUCUUGGAAAACCUAAACUUAUCAAGAUUUUCCGAACGCUGGAUCCUUUCAUGUCAAAUAUUGAAAUCCUGAUGAACAAUGGAAACAAGAAACAGGUAGAUUAUAUAUGUACUCAUGGUGAUUUAAAUUAUUUUGCCAGUAUUAACCUGAGUGAAGAUGUCCUAGACCAAUAUUUGGAAACCAGUGAGUUGGAUCCACCUAGGCUUGUUUUACUCACCUUGAAUAACAUAGCCUUGAAACGAGCAUUUGUAGUUGGACACGGAAUGACAGUGGAAUGCAAAGUAAAAAAUGUUGCUGAGGCACUGCUAGUGUUGCUCGCCACCUAUAGUGUCUGGAAUCUGGACUACCCUAAGGAGUACUGCCAAGCUCUGUAUUUCUUCAAAAUUGCUUUGUUGGGGGAAAGUUAUGUGGAUAUGCAGUACAUGUCAUCAAAAUUCCGAUUACUUCUCAAGGAAUAUCACUCAAAAUUUGGCAUAGAAAUGGACGAUGCCCCUGCUGCAGCUGACACUCUGAAUGGUGUUCUCUCCCCCAGUUGA